CAACCAGAUUUGGGGCAGUCAACACCCACCCUUUCGGUGAGUGGUUUAGGCGCUAUGUGCAUAUGUUUAUUAGCGAUUGUCUGAGAUUCUUAGUCUAUAAGAGAUCGUAUGCUCUUUCCACAUCGACGAGUCGGUGCCAUUCUACAUUGGUAGAGACCCAUCUUGUCCGUUAUACGAAUAUGCCACGAGAUUUUGAAUUCACUUUGCCUGUUGCUUUCAAUGAUACUACACUUAAUAUCUCAGCGCAGGCUUUCAAAGCCAGUAAUCCAAAUGACUUCUAUUCCGGUGGUGAUUUGGCGUGGAUGAUAGUAGCAAGUGCUCUUGUACUACUCAUGGUUCCGGGUCUUGGACUGUUCUACUCCGGGAUAUCUGAAAGAUGCUCAGCGCUGUCAAUGAUGUGGCUGUCCAUGAUGACUACAUCUCUCAUUGGUGUGCAGUGGUUUCUUUGGGGUUAUUCCAUUACAUUUUCAGGGCCACAUAAUCUGUGGGGAGGAUCUUAUGAUAUCACACUAAGCAACGACAUUUCCAUCCCUUGGAACACAGGACCUGGACCUAAGAUUCCUCAACUCCUCCAUUGCUUUUACCAAGGCAUGUUUGCCUGCUUUACCGGGGCUGUGGUCAGUGGUGCCGCUGUUCGUAAAGGGCGACCCCUUUUCUUCUUGGUUUUCAUCUUUAUCUGGGCAACGCUCGUCUAUGAUCCGAUUGCGAGAUCUUCAUGGAACCCAGUUGGAUGGUCAAAUUAUUGGAAAGGAAAUGGUGGAGUUUUCGAUUUUGCGGGUGGAACGGUUGUCCAUAUAGUUUCCGCAACCACAUCAGCUGUCUACUCGAUAUUCUGCAAAUGGAGGCGACAAAUCUUCCGUCUCAAACCACGUUUGUCCAAGGCAGACGAAGCUCUCCUCAAUAGAGACUUCAAACCACACAAUGUCGUCAACGUCGUUCUAGGUACGGCUCUCCUGUGGAUAGGCUGGUUCGGAUUCAACGGCGGAUCAGCACUUGGAGCCAAUCUUCGUGGGGUCUCUGCUUGCGUCUCGACUCAUCUUGCAGCUUGUGCAGGUGGAGUCAUGGGAUCCUUACUCGAUUACGUUGCCUCAUUCAAGAAAGACGAAAGAACUGGACAAUUUACAGAUAAUGCUGGCAAGUUCUCCAUUGUUGGUUUUUGCAAUGGCGCCGUAGCGGGACUGGUCGCGGUCACGCCUGCUGCUGGAUAUAUCCCAUACUGGUCUGGUCCGAUCUUUGGUAUUGUGGGUAGUAUCUUUGUCGCUUCUUUUCAGAGUAUCAGUAAACGCUAUUUUGAUACGAAUGAUAUCUUUGUUGUGCAUGGAGUGGCGGGUUGGGUUGGGAUGUUGCUGACUGCUGGACUUGCUCGGCCAGAUAUUGCCGCUCUCGAUGGCUACAGCGUCAUCAUCAAUCACGGCUGGGAGCAACUUGGAAUUCAAAUCUCAGACGCCCUAGUAGGCAUGUGCUGGUCAGGCCUAAUAUCCUUCCUCAUCCUCCUCGUCAUGGAAGCCAUCGUCCUCUCCUUCCGCCACCUAUUCUCCAUCCCCGAACCCGCCUUCCAACUAAUCCUCGAUCGAGACAUCCUAAUCGACCACGAGAUCGACGAUGCGUAUUCUUUUGACUUUGUCGCUGCGAAUGCGUUGUUGCUUAGGAUGAGCAAGGAAAGAGAAUUGGGUAGUAUGGUUGCGACGAGGAAUUAUGGGCAGGUGGUGGGAAGUGGUGGUGGGGUUAUUGGGGAGUUGCCCGGGAGUGAGAGGGAGAGGGCUUUUGUUAGUGGUGGGGAGGAUACGAGUGUGAUUGAAGGGGUGGAGGAGGAGGAUGAUUUGCGUAGUGAUGCUAGUAGUCGGUGAUGAGCUAGGGUGGAAUAGCAACAGACCGAAAAGAUCAUCGUGAAGUUCUAUUUUUGAAGAACAUCAAAAUAAUGACGAGAAAGAAGAAAAUAAAUACUGCAAUAUGGCUC